ACUUCUCGAAACAUCCUAUAGCAGCUACAUUGGUUCCCCCGAUCCAUUGCUAUAAAUUGAAUCAUUUUUUUCAUUGCCCAUGCACAUUACCAUAACUCAUCUCACUCAUGGGUUCAUCAAAUUGGUCCACCGGUCUCUGUGACUGCUUCGACGAUGUCCCUAACUGUUGCAUGACAUGCUGGUGUCCGUGUGUUACUUUUGGACGGGUUGCAGAGAUUGUGGACAGAGGUUCAACAUCUUGUGGCGCGAGUGGGGCGAUUUACGCGCUAAUAAUAAGUCUGACUGGUUGUCACUUUCAGUGGUGUUACUCAUGCUUCUACCGUUCUAAGAUGAGGCAGCAAUACUUGCUGAAAGAAAGCCCCUGCAACGAUUGCUUGAUUCACUGCUUCUGCGAGUUUUGCGCCUUGUGCCAAGAGUACCGCGAGCUCAAAAACCGCGGAGUCGACAUGAUGAUUGGGUGGCAAGCAAACGUGGAGAAAAAAAAUCGUGGAAUACAAUUGCCGCCGGUGGUUGAAGGAGGAAUGAGCAAAUUGUGAAAUACUUGCUUAAUUGAGGAGUUAAUUAUAUUUGUUCAGUUUGCAAUGUUGAAGUAGAAACAUAAAGCUUGUACGUGAUGGAUGUUGAAUUAUUGUAUUUUACGAUUAAUUUGUUCAGUUUGCAAUGUUGAAGUAGAAACAAAAAGCUUGUACGUGAUGGAUGUUGAAUUAUUAGUUUGCAAUGUUGAAGUAGAAACAAAAA